AUCUUUUACCAAAGACUCUGGCCUGUAGGAAUAAUUAUUUAGCUAAGAUAACAGUUCAGUUUCAGCGGUUUAAGAUGGGUUAAUAAAUAACUAAAUGGUUGCAGUUUUAAAAUACAAAACAUUGACUCCUAAAUAAUCCCAAGCCUCCAGGCGUCAGUAUUACAUCGAGAAACCGAAACAUGGUUGUCCAUCCCCUCACAGACCUUUUGUUUUCUGCUGAACGGAGAAAAGGCGACACCUGAUUUGGUUCUGACGCCCGAUCAGAGCGUGUUUAGUAAUAAAACAUUUGCGAAACGGAAUGAAGGUGACAUUCUAGUUUUUGUGUAUUGAGUGAAAUACGCACGGCUGUCGAAGGAGGAUGGAGAACGAACGGACGAGUCCAGGACGGGAUUGUUUCUGGUUUGCUUUGUGUUUGGCCUUGUUCUGGUUCGUCGGAGAUCAGGCCGUAGCGGAAACGAGAUACUCAGUUGCAGAGGAGGUGAGAGACGGAACGAUUGUGGGAAAUGUUGCAAAGGAUCUGGGCCUUGAGAUCACCUCUUUGCCUGGCCGACGGUUCCGCGUUGUGUCGGAAAGUGAGGACGCAUAUUUUGGCGUAAACCAGGACAACGGGGAUCUGUAUGUGCUGAGGAAAAUCGACAGAGAGGAGCUUUGUCAGGGAAGCGGUGUGUGUUUGAUGGAGCUGAAGAUCAUCGUGGAAAACCCACUGGAGAUCCAUUAUGUGGCUGUAGAAAUCAGGGAUGUAAAUGAUCACUCCCCUGUUUUCCCCGAGACGGAGCAGAGAUUUAAAAUUGGAGAACAGACGUUACCAGGAAGAAGAUUCCAGCUCCACGCUGCUCGUGAUCCCGAUGCUGGAUCUAAUUCCAUUCGUACGUAUUCCUUAACAUCUAACGAGCACUUUGAAUUAGAUAUUCAUAGUGAUGAGGAGAAAAUCCCGUUUUUAGUGCUGAAGAAGCCGUUAGACAGGGAAAUGAGGAGUAAUCACUUGCUGUAUGUAACCGCUCUGGAUGGAGGCAAACCUCAGAGAUCAGGAACAUUAAAUAUUUCUGUGACUGUCCUCGACAGUAACGAUAACCGACCGAAAUUUAGUCAAGAAGUCUAUCAGAUUGAAAUAGAAGAAAAUGCUCCAAUCGGAAUUUCUAUAUUUAAAGUAAAUGCGACUGAUACGGACGAAGGUUUAAAUUGCCAGCUUGAAUAUAGUCUGGGGAAAACACUUAAAAAGAAAGUCUAUGACAAUUUUGAUCUUGACAAAAUAACAGGGGAAAUAAGAGUAAAAGGUGGGAUUGACUAUGAGGAAAAUGAUGUUUAUAAACUGGACAUUGAGGCAUCUGAUAAAGGAACUCCCCCCUUAACAGGCGAGUGUAGACUUGUUAUAAAGAUAAAAGAUUUAAAUGAUAAUCCCCCUGAAAUAGAAAUCACCUCCCUGUCAAAUACAGUGUGUGAAGACUCCAAACCUGGAACGAUGAUUUCUCUUAUCAGUGUAAAAGAUAAAGAUUCAGGCCUGAAUGGAAAAGUACUUUCGAGCAUAACUUCAGAUGUUCCUUUUGAACUGAAGCCAUCUUACAAAGAGAAUAUUUAUUCAGUUGUUACAAAGACAACUCUAGACCGAGAGAAUAUUUCACAUUAUGAAAUAACCAUAAAGGCAUCUGACUGUGGUGAGCCUCCAUUAACAAAUUUUAAAACUCUCCAUAUUAAAGUCACAGACAUAAAUGACAAUCCACCUAGAUUUUUAGAAAGUCCCAUAAACGUUUAUCUGACAGAAAAUAAUCUAGCGGGAUCAUCAAUAUUCAGUGUGAGCGCAACAGACAGGGAUGUAAAUGCAAAUGCAGCUAUUUCCUAUUAUAUUAUGAGAAAAGAAAAUCAAAAAGACGUUUUGUCAUUCCUCAAUGUAAACUCCGAAAAUGGACAAAUAACAGCUCUGAAAAGUUUCGACUUUGAAACUUUGAAAACGUUCCAGUUCCAAGUUGUGGCCUCAGACUCUGGAAGUCCGUCCCUGAGCAGCAACGUGACAGUGAACGUGUUCAUUCUGGAUCAGAACGACAAUGCUCCAGUCAUCCUGUAUCCAGUCAGCUCAAACGGUUCUGCAGAAGGUGUGGAGGAGGUUCCCCGCAACGUGAACGCAGGACACUUGGUGACUAAAGUCAGAGCCUAUGAUGCUGAUAUAGGAUAUAAUGGCUGGCUGCUGUUCUCACUGCAGGAAGUGACUGACCACAGUCUGUUUGGUUUGGACCGCUACACAGGACAGAUCAGAACACUUCGCUCAUUCACAGAGACAGACGAGGCUGAGCAUAAACUGCUCAUCCUGGUCAAAGACAAUGGCAACGUUUCACUGUCAGCAACAGCUACUGUCAUUGUCAAAGUGGUGGAGCCCAAAGAGGCUUUUGCAGCUUCUGAUGUGAAGAGUUCAGCCAAAGAUGAUGAGGAGACUGAUGUGACUUUUUACCUGAUGGUCACUUUGGGCUCAGUGUCGGUUCUGUUCCUCAUCAGCAUCAUCGUGCUGAUUGCAAUGCAGUGCUCCAAGUCCACAGAAUAUACUUCUAAAUAUCUCCAAGAGGCUAAUUAUGAUGGGACACUGUGUCACAGCAUCCAGUACAGAUCUGGAGACAAACGCUACAUGUUAGUAGGACCCAGGAUGAGUGUAGGAUCUACUAUAGUACCUGGAAGUCACGCAAACACUCUGGUGCUGCCUGACAGGAGGAACACUUCUGAUGAGGUAAGACAAAUCCAUAAUUCCCUGCUUUGUUUUUGACAUGU